AUGCCAGGCCCACGUCCAGCCCCAUCGGUGGCCCCCCUCAAGCCCCUACAACAGAUUAUCCUCUCCCACAACGCGAUUGCGACACGCAACUCAUUGUCUGGUGUCAAGUCGUCGUACCACCUCUUCCUGAAAAACCAGCCUCAUCCGCCGCAGCAGCUCAAGCGCAAGGCUAUUCCCAGGCGGUUGAGACGAGACUGGCGGGCGCCUAGGGUUGACUAUUGA